UCCAGGUGCUCCUGAUCAUCAGUGGGAACCUGAGUUUCCUGAACUGGCUGACCAUGGUGCCCAGCAUCGCCUGCUUCGACGAUGCCAGCCUGGCAUUCCUGUUCAGCUCCCGGCGUGGGGCCGUGAGGGAACGGGCGGCGCGGAUGCAGCUCCGGGAGGGACAGGCAGAGAAGCUUCCCCUGGGCUGCCACGUCCGCAGAGUGGUGAACAUCUCCUUCGGCCUCCUCCUCGCCUACCUCAGCGUGCCCGUGGUCCUGAACCUGCUCAACUCCAGACAAGUCAUGAACACCUCCUUCAACCCCCUCAGGAUAGUCAACACCUACGGAGCUUUCGGGAG